GUCAGAGACACAUAUGUUAUCCUAAAUGUUGAUAGGAAAGUCUUUUCUGUUUAUCUUACCACAAUCGACUGAGGAGAAGUACAUUCAAAUAACUACAUUCAGUGUCUUAAAAUUUCUGGGGUUUUUGUUUUGGCAAAGAAUGGAUUUGGCCAAGUUAAUUUCCACAAAUUCGGCCAGUUUUACAAAACCAUGAGAACACAGCAUCUUUGUUUUUCUUUGAAGAAAUUUUCCCAGCAGGUGAGAGUGUUCAAGUAUUUUACAAGUAAAUAUGUAUUUUUUAUUUAAGUGUCUUUAUAUCCUAGAUAUGUGCAUUGGAUACUGCAACCAUUGUCUGAAAGACUGAGGUGAUGGGGGAUCUGUGUGGAAACAUGGGAAGUGUGGCCACAAGAAGCUAUUUCCACAUCUACUGAUCACUAUACAUUACUCAGUGUUCCAUGGUCACACAUAGAUACAGGAGGUACCCACAGUCACUGCCAAUGAAAGAAGCACUGAUUUUAAAGACUAAGGGAAAGACCUGAGGUCCCUUCUCCUGACCUCUCACCCUGGAAACUGGCUUUAGAGAAGACUAAAUGGGACAUAGUAACAAUGUGACAGAAUUUGUCCUCCUGGGCCUCACUCAGGAUCCUGGGACUCAAAAAGCAUUAUUUGUCAUAUUUUUGCUCAUUUACAUUGUGACAGUGGUGGGCAACCUGCUCAUUGUGGUGACUGUUCUUGCCAGCCCCUCCCUGGGCUCUCCCAUGUUCCUCUUCCUUAUCUAUCUGUCACUCAUUGAUGCACUGUAUUCCACUGUCAGUUCACCCAAAUUGAUCAUAGACUUACUCAGAGGUCAAAAGACAAUUUCCUUCUCAGCUUGCAUGGGACAGCUGUUUCUGGAACACCUUUUUGGAGGUUCUGAGAUCUUCCUUCUGGUGGCCAUGGCCUAUGAUCGCUAUGUGGCCAUCUGUAAGCCACUGCACUACAUAACCACCAUGAAUAGACAGGUUUGCUUCCUGCUGAUGGUGGUGGCUUGGGGUGGAGGUUUUGUGCAUUCUUUGAUCCAACUUCUCUUUGUGUACAACCUCCCCUUUUGUGGCCCCAAUGUCAUUGACCACUUUGUCUGUGACAUGUACCCACUAUUAGAACUUGCCUGCACUGACACCUACAUCUUAGGCCUCUCUAUGGUUGCCAAUGGUGGAGCAAUGUGUAUAGUCAUCUUUAUUUGUUUACUAAUAUCCUAUGGAGUCAUCCUAAGUUCCCUUAAAACUCACAGUCAGGAAGGGAGGCGCAAAGCCUUGUCUACCUGCAUUUCCCACAUCACAGUGGUUGUUCUCUUUUUUGUUCCCUGCAUUUUUAUGUAUGUGAGACCUGUUUCUAACUUCCCUGUUGAUAAAUUCAUAAGUGUGGCUUAUACUGUUAUCACUCCCAUGUUGAAUCCUCUAAUAUACACUUUGAGAAAUUUAGAAAUGAGAAAUGCUAUGAAAAAACUUUGGUGUAAGAAGUUAGCUAUAGAUAGAAUGAGAAUGCGUCAUUUAUGUUGAAUGCACUUGGUACUAAUUCUGAAGCAACAAACAGGCAGUGCAUUCUAACAAUUGAUG